AUGUCAGUACAUGCAAACGGAAAGACCCCUACUCAACCUUUCAGCCAGUCCCCUUUUCGUACUCGCACCGACCUCCAAGAUGCCUGUAAGGCGCUCCUCGAUCCUCUUAUACCCCGCUUCACCCCUGGGGGCAGCCGCGUAAAGAUUGGAUCAUCGACCACCAGGUUUGAUGAAGGGGGCGCACAGAUUGAGGGCUUCGCUCGUCCCUUAUGGGGUCUUGCUGCCCUUCUCGGCGGUGGUUGUGAUUAUGCGGAAGCCUCUCGAUGGCGCGAUGGCUUCAUACAAGGAACAGACCCUGAGAGCCCAGAGUACUGGGGGGACAUUGAAGACAUGGACCAACGCAUGGUGGAGAUGUGCCCAAUCGGUUUCUCACUGGCCGUUGCACCGCAUGUAUUCUGGAAUCCAUUGACCGACAAACAGAAGGAGAACGUUGCGAAGUGGCUAGCAAGCAUUAAUGAACGAGAGAUGCCGAACACAAAUUGGCUAUGGUUUCGAGUCUUUGCUAAUCUGGGCCUGCGAAAGAACGGAGCACCGUACUCACUUGCUCGUAUUGAGGCUGAUAUGGAUCACUUGGAUACCUUCCAUGUAGGCGGAGGUUGGAGCAAUGACGGCCCCAAGAGCCACCACCAGAUGGAUUAUUACUCGGGUUCGUUCGCAAUUCAGUUUCUGCAGCUGCUUUAUUCCAAAUUGGCCGCGGACUUUGACGAGCCUCGUGCGGAACGAUACCGAGCCCGCGCCAAAGAAUUCGCGCUCGAUUUCGUGUACUAUUUCGACCCUGAUGGGAGGUCAGUACCCUUUGGACGGUCCAUGACAUACCGAUUCGCGAUGGUUGGUUUUUGGGGUGCCCUAGCUUUUGCGGACGUCACUCCUCCUGCGCCGCUCACAUGGGGGAUGGUGAAAGGCAUCUUGCUUCGGCAUUUCCGCUGGUGGGCCACGCAGGAAGACAUAUUCAAUAAUGAUGGAACUUUGAAUCUCUCGGGUACUCGACAAGCUUGCCACUAUCCGGUCAGAGCGAUUCAGGCAAAGUAUGGGAAAUUCGCAUACAGUGCCUCUUUCGGCUAUUCCGUGCCAACCGGGGGCUAUCAGCUGGAGCAGCAUGCUCCUGACAGCAUGCUGGCCCUUUCUGAGGAUGGAGGCGACAUUUGGCAGACACGGAGGGUCGUGGAAAAUGCACGCAUCGAGUACCGCGAGAAUCUGCCUGUUCUGAUCUCGGAAUGGCGGCCAUGGACAGAUGUUGUCGUCGAAACGUUCUUGAUUCCUCCUGCUGAAGGAAGCGAGAACUGGCACAUCCGCGCUCAUCGUGUUCGGACCAGUCGUGAUCUCCAAAGUUCGGAAGGAGCGUUUGCAAUCUAUGGAUGCCAGAGUAGCAACGGCCGUUUCCUCCAACCCUUCAAGGAACCCCUCAACCCGCUAUCUGAAGGGACUUCAGCUGCACCCCAGAGUGCACUUACGGUUUCCUCAGCAGGAGCUGUAGACCUGGUUUGUGACGGCCGUGUUUGCUUUGCCGGCGCAUGGAAAUGGCAAUGGCGAAAACUGGAAGAAUAUCUGGAUCGAUAGAUGGAAUAAACGGCCAGAUAUUCCGGGGUGGUUAAAGGAACUGAUGAGAGGAUGAGCCCAAUAGAAUCCGAGACGAUGUUGUAGUUGAGGUGAAGGACGCCGAAGCUUAGACUGGUAGCAUUGAAGGGCUCCAGAGAGUAAUUGCACGUGUUCAACUCCACGAGAGAGCUGGUGUGAAGCCUUCUCCUGCUCCUCUUCCUUCUCAUGAAUGUGACGCAACAUGAAUUUCUGGGUAUAUCUUCUUAUUUCUUUUCUCUGAUGAUAUCAACCAAGUCAAGAUUGAUAGGCGUCCUGUUUCCCUAGAUUUAUCAUCCUGCUUGCUGCCUAGCAGUCUUUCCAUUCUCAUCAACUAUCACCCAACUCAGGAGCCAGGAUAAUCUCGCCGAAAAACAAAUACACCUAUCGACCGUAGUUCAGU